AUGACAGCUCCCCUCUCGCCCUGGAUAACAGUUGCCGAAUGUUCUACGGAUUUAAAAACCAGUCCAAGAAGACAUCCCGCCGCGUCGAGAGUGGUAGAUGUCACGUUACUACUACUGGCAGUGGUAGGGACAUGUCUCCACAUACUUGGACUCGUGUUUCCGGGCUGGUGGUAUAUCGACGAUCCGGAUAAUACUGGGACCAGUGACGUCACGUACUUUGGAAUCUGGGCAACGGUAACGUGUCAAAACGGCACGUGUGUGACAUCAAGUUCGGAUAGAUCCGGUACAAGAGCGUGGUUACAAGGUGUUGCGGUAAUAGAAACCCUGGCGGCCGUCCUACUCGCUUGUGACGUGGCCACACAUCUGGUGUUGGUCCGCCAGGACAAGACCGUGUCCAUUCUUCGGAGGCUAGUUGUUAUCCUAACUUCAGGAGCGGGCUCUAUCAUUAUCAUUGGUAUACUACUCUUUGUGAAAAAGAAAGCUGGUCUGACCCCCUUAGAAGCCCUGGAGACACGUGACGGGACGACGGGAUGGCCGCUGCUGUUGUCGUCAGUUGCUGCGGCGCUGUCGCUCCUGGUCGCCGUGGUGAUGGGUAUCGGUCAGCUGACGAUGUUUGCGGAGGAAAAGGACUACGAUGAGGAGGACAAAUCGGUCGCAUACUGGCAACAAAAAGCUCAGCAGCUAAACGAUCUCAAAUGACAGGCGGAAACGUCCGCUGUGUGGAAAAUAAUGUACCACUGUCUAUCACAAUAUAUAUAUAGUCUUAUAUUUUAACAUAUCUUUCAGAUAUCAUCAACUCAUGUUAAAGUUUGUUAUAGUAUAACCAAUAACCAGCUUAGAAUAUGACGAAAAAUACCACCAAAAUGUUAAAUCCUCGAUAUUUAACUCAAUGUGAAUGCUUUACGCCAAGGCUUACCUAUCCAAUCAUCAUAAAGACAUAUUCAUUAUCUAUAAACUUUUACCAGCGGUGUUUAAGGGCUUCAAUGUCACGUUUAUAGAACUUCUUUUAUAGGCUGUUCAGAAAAGUCAUCCACUGCAUGUGUGACGUCAUUAUCGGAUUGAAAGUGGGUGCUUGAAAUAGCUGCUUUCGUUUUUAGAAGUUGAUGAAAAUCUGAUUGAGCGAGAUCAGGUGAAUAAGGUUGAAAACUAAAUCAAUGUAAAGCCACAAUCGUGAAUGGCAGCCAUGCCAAUGACACAUGAGUACUGUCCUGAUGGAAUAACAUGCCUUUAGUGAGCUUUCCGCGGCGCUUAAGUUUAAUAUUUUACCGUUAAUGCCUCAGAAGUGAAGCAUAGUAUGUGCCAAUUAUUGUUUGUCCCUUUUGGAGAUAAGUAAUCAGCAGAAUACGGUCAUUGCCUUCUUUGACGGGGGAGAGCCAAGGUGCUUCCUUUGUUUCGAUUGUGGUUGGGCCUCUGGGGUAAAAUUUUGCACCCUUGUUUCAUACAUAAUGACAAGAAAGUUGGCAGGAUCUUCCUCAAAAGGUUCAGAUUAGCACGCGAUAAUGUGCGCCUGGUGUGCUUCUGAUCAACUGUCAGAAGUCGAGGUACCCAUCGGGCCGAAAGCUUUCUCACUGCAAGAUCCUCGGUCGGAAUGGAAUGUACUCUUUUCU